AUGGCGGCUGCGGCAGCGGCGGCCGGGGGAGGUGGGGAGCGGAGCAGCACCCGGGAACGGCUGCUGGCGGCGCUGGAGGAUCUCGAACUCCUGGCCAGGGAACUAAUUGAAAUUUUGGCAAUUUCAAGAAACCAGAAGCUUCCACAACCAGGAGAAGAGAGCCAGAUCCUGGAGCUGCUGAUUCAGAGAGAUGGAGAGUUUCAAGAGCUAAUGAAGUUGGCAGUUGAUCAGGGGAAAAUCCAUCACGAAAUGCAGCUUUUAGAAAAGGUAGUAGAAAAGAGAGAUAAUGACAUUCAGCAGCUGCAGAAGCAACUGAAAGAAGCAGAGCACAUACUGGCCACAGCUGUUUAUCAAGCAAAGGAAAAACUGAAAUCAAUUGAAAAGGCAAGGAAAGGUGCCAUUUCAUCUGAAGAAAUAAUUAAAUAUGCCCACAGGAUCAGUGCUAGUAAUGCUGUUUGUGCCCCUCUGACGUGGGUACCAGGGGACCCACGCAGGCCAUAUCCUACAGAUCUAGAAAUGAGGAGUGGUCUCCUGGGUCAGAUGAACAACCCAUCCACUAAUGGGGUUAAUGGACACUUACCUGGGGAUGCACUUGCAGCAGGCAGAUUGCCAGAUGUGCUUGCUCCUCAGUAUCCUUGGCAAUCAAGUGAUAUGUCAAUGAACAUGCUACCUCCUAAUCAUAGUAAUGACUUCAUGUUGGAGCCUCCGGGACACAAUAAAGAGAAUGAAGAUGAUGUGGAAGUGAUGUCAACAGACUCCUCAAGCAGCAGCAGUGACUCAGACUAGGUACAGGAGGGAUGGUAUCCCUAGUAGACCUUUCCUGUGGUGAAGAUGUUCAACUGAAAUGACUGGGAGCUUUCUGCUGGAUGAGAGAUGUCAGAUUUCCAGUGCUGAUGUAAAUGUGUGAAUGUGUAUGUUUGCAAGAGAUGCGUGCAUUUGUAUACAUAUAUAUAAUAUAUAUAUAUAUAUACACUAUACAUAUUAGAUGACAACGUUCCUGGGACAAAAGGUGUAAGGGGAAUCCCCUUGUAUGUAUGCUAGUAACUUGACUCUUUUGAAGACAGUCUUUUCUAUGGCACAGAAAUAAGGCAUAAGAUUUGUAAUUUUAAUACCUUUUUUGUUACUGCUGAAAUGCAUGUUGUUAAUCACCUAGUGUGUUCUGAGAACAAAACCAUGGCAAUAAGGUGUUUAAAAAAAAGUUUGUAAUUAUUGUAAUAUAUAAUAAACUCACCUUUGCAACUUUGCUACACUUUGCAAACGUAA